ACUUAUGUAUAUAUAGAUCCUGUAUAACAGAGUGUAGAACAUAAGGUUAACUUUACUUUCAAAUUGAAUUGUUUUCACUGAAAACACACUUAUUUUGUAUUAAAACAAUACUUACUCAUUAUGACGUCUAAAGUUACUUUUAAAAUAACUCUUACUUCUGAUCCAAAACUUCCAUUUAAAGUACUCAGUGUACCAGAUAAUACACCUUUCACUGCUGUAUUAAAAUUUGCUUCUGAAGAGUUCAAAGUAUCACCAGCUACAUCUGCAAUAAUUACAGAUGAUGGAAUAGGUAUCAAUCCACAGCAAACGGCAGGCAAUGUUUUCCUUAAACAUGGUUCGGAACUCAGAUUAAUUCCUAGAGAUCGAGUUGGAUACAGUAGAUGAAAACCACGUUAUAUUUAAAAAUAUUUCACGUAUAAAUUAUUGUCUAAGGUGUUAUAAUUUUCAUUAAUAACUAUAUAGAAUAACUACUUUUUAUAUUAAAUUUGUUGCCUAUAACAGUUAAUAAAAUUAAAUGAAACAUUCCUAAAGUUUUAAGUAUGCUUUUAUAAAUAAUGUUGUUUAUAUAGUAAGGAAUAUUAUCGAUACAUUGAACUUUACACUACACAUAUACAUGUUAAUGAGUUGUAAUAAAUAUAUUAAAAAAUUGCAUUCAUGAUAAAUUAUAAAUAAAAAUUGUAAGCAUGAAUAAUUAUGGGUAAAAUUAUACAACUACACCGAAUAUGUCUUUGAUAAAAAGAUUUAUAAGUGAAAUACAUGUAAGAGGUAUAAGGGCGAUACAAAGGUAUAUUACUACAUGAUAAAGUUAUUUAGCAAUCAGUCAUAGUGCAAUAUUGAACACUAAGAAACUUCUUGUUGCAAUUGAAAUAAUUUCUAUGAUUAAAAUUUUUGAGUUACACUUAAAGUAAUUAUAAAUCUAUUGCUUUAAAUGUUUCUGAGAAGUAUUAUAAGUGAAAAUUAGUCUCCCUUCAUUUUACAGUAACUUUAUCAUUCCUUCUUCUAUUAUAUCAUAGAAUAACCAAUAACUGAGCCAUCAAUAACUUUUAAAUAUAUAAUUUCUGUAUAGUGCUAUACACACACGAAAAAAACGAGACUAAGAAAAUAUGCAACAAUGACGUUUCUCAGGUGUAGAAUAUCCGACGGAUGGUUAUUUAGACAUACAAAUGUGAUUCAUAGUGCGGACGAUUAAAUGGCAGUAAUAUUUUCUUUUUAUAGCGAAGUAUUACCUUGUUCCUCUUUGUUUCAGUUUUUACUCCUGUUGUGUAUAAAAAGUUUUGUCGUUAUUUCUGCUCUACUAGAAACCUUAUAUUUCUAAAACAUUAUAAAAAAAGCGUGACGAAUGUAGAGAAAAAUAUACAGCUUUGUCAAUGUAAAGCUUUCAAAAUGUUAAGCCCAUUGGAUACAAAAAAUUUCAUUUAUGAACAUUU